UUGCUGCUAUUUAUAUAGUCACCAUCUACCUUAAGCUUUCUUUACAUCACUUCCGCGUUUCUAGCAAGCCAUAUAUGUCUUCAGUAGCACCAAGCAAGAAGUACUCAUACACAAUUGAUAUGAACAUGACUGAAACCGAGGCUGUAUCAGUCGAAAUCACCAAUAAUCAACCGGUCAAUAACAACAAUAUUGGCGUGAUCGGGGAGUGGGUUGCUUGCCUUAGAGGAAAGGAGGCCACAAAUGAUUACAAACGCCAACGCCACAUCCAAAAAGUACCACCAUUACUCUUAGAAGGUGAGAAAGGUGAAAGAAACCGUGACUGUUACGAGCCUGCUGUGGUUUCACUUGGCCCAUACCACCAUAAGUCAAGAAUCCGCUUUGCUCAAGCUGAGAAAUACAAACACAUAACACUGAAAGAGUAUAGUUUGAGCACCGGAGAAACUAUUGAUUCGUUAUACAACAAGGUCUUUGAAGUGGUACAUGAUGCGAGAAAGUGUUAUAUUGAUGGUUCUACCGACGCUUACAAUGAUGAUGAGUUCAACCAAAUGAUGUUACGCGAUGGAUGCUUUGUUUUGUUCUAUAUUGAAUGCAUAUCAUGUCAAAACGACAAGUCAGUGCUAAACAACGAGUACUUGGGCGCAUUAGGGUUUGCAAACUUGACUCGUGACAUUUUCUUGCUCGAGAACCAGAUCCCGUUUAUAGUACUUGAAGUUUUGUUAAAGUUGAGGUUCCCCAAGGAUAAUGGCGAAGAUGUUCUAAACGGAUUCUUUAACUAUUUAAACUAUGGCGAGGUGAUCAUUAGGGAUAAAAAGGUGCUCGGAAGAAAACAACCCCUUCAUCUUCUCGAGCUUUACAGGUCGUAUUUCAUAUCGCUUUCGGCUUCUGUUGCUCUCGGUUCAACUAAAUCGUCAAGCAUGGGACGAAGACGGAGUAAAGAGAAUGAUUCAGUUGAGGAUUAUAAUUAUGUGAAACGAAAUCGGUCGUUUGCUUCGGUAACAGAACUCAAAGCUAAAGGGAUUUUCUUGAAAUGUACCCACGACGAGUCUAAGAAUGAAGGCAUUAAGUUCUACUCUCGUCAAUGCUAUGGUAAGCUUGUGCUUGUGCGUAGAGUGGUGUCCCCAAAUACCAAAACUAUAUACUUGAACAUGAUUGCGUACGAGAUGUGCCCGCAUAACCCAAACGACCUUCGAAUCUCAACUUACCUUCGCGUAAUGAAGUCGUUAGUUAUUCACCGCGAUGAUGUGAAGGAGUUGCGUGCUAAAGGUAUAUUGAUUCAUAGUCUUGGUCGCGAUGAAGAGGUGGUGAAGAUGUACGAUGAGAUUGAAACACCAGCAGUUAAUCUUUAUAUGUUUCAUCAGCUUCGACAACAGAUCGAGAAGCACUGCAAUAGCAAGUAUAAGACGUGGGUGGCAGAGCUGUUGACAGUUUACCUUAGUGGUCCAUGGAAGACACUGGCUUUGUUGGUGGCUACUGCUAUUCUGUUCACUACAUUUCUGCAGACUUACUUCACGAUCAGGCCACUUCCUGAUAAUACUUCUUAGACCUGCUUGAUCUCAAGUCAACGAUCUUUACUCAUAAGCGACAAUCACCUCAAGUCAACGAUCUUUACUCAAUCUGCCAGAAUUAAGAGAGACCUGCUGUUGCACCGCGAUCUCAAGCAGUUUUUCAAAUAAUAUAAAUGGAUUGUUUUAUUAUUCAAGUUUUUUUAGUCAUAGUCAAAUUUAAGUUUUACUUUGAAUUUAUUUUGAUACACAUAUUACAUGUCAUUAGCUCAUGUAAGAAACACAAUUAACCUAGAAAUACCAUAUUGUAUUUACGAGUA